AGUGAACACUUCCGGUUUUGGUAUACGCACAUGUUACUAUGUCUUUUAUAGCUUACAAGGAUAUAAUUGAAGAAGGAGACAUUGUUAUCCUCUAUUUAGGUUAUGAUAAUUUGCUUACUUUAAAAGUAGAGGCUGGUAAAGUUCAUCAAACAAAAUAUGGUGCUCUAAAGCACGAUUCUUUAAUCGGAGAGAAGUUCGGCUCUAAAGUUACAUGCUCAAAAGGAUAUAUUCACGUUUUACAGCCAACUCCAGAGAUAUGGACUCUAGCCCUACCUCAUAGAACUCAAAUUCUCUACUCGACAGACAUAUCAAUGGUGAUAUACCAGUUAGACCUGCGAAAUGGCUCGAUUGUGGUGGAAAGCGGUACUGGUAGCGGCUCUCUUUCACAUGCUCUUAUAAGGACUGUUGCUCCAGAUGGACAUUUGCAUACUUUUGACUUUCAUGCAGAAAGAGUUCAGCUUGCUCAAAAGGAGUUUGACGAGCAUCAAGUAGCUAAAUAUGUCACCGCACGACAGCAAGAUGUUUGUGAAAAUGGAUUUGAUUUACCAAGAAUUGCAGAUGCGGUAUUUUUAGAUCUUCCAGGUCCGUGGACUGCUAUUCCUCAUGCAAAGAAAUGCUUAAAGCAUAUGGGAAGGGUAUGCUCUUUUUCACCUUGUAUAGAGCAAGUUCAAAAAGUAUGCGAGUCACUAAAAGAAAAUAGCUUUCAAGACAUUAGGACAUUUGAAUGCCUUCAAAAACCUUAUGAAGCCAAAACCAUUCGUAUGCCUAUAGCUAAUCUGGGUUUAACAAACGAAGAGCAAGACUACAAUCCUUCACUUGGAAAUAUUACUCAAAAUGAAGGAAAAGAUUGCUUUGAGUUUAAGAGUGGGUGUAGAGCUCAUAUUGUUCCUGGCCAUACAGGAUAUUUAACUUUUGCUACACUUUUUGAUCCUGAUAAUGCUGCUUAA